CAAUCCAAUCCCAUAACCGAACUUCUCAAAUAUCUUCUUCUCACGCUCUUCCACCCUCCAAAUAUGUAAACCCAUCCUUUUUUAACGAACACCCCCAUUUUCUCACUCUUUUCUAUCCGAUCAAUCCUUACAAUGAAAGAAGAGACGGAGCAUCUGCUACAAAACCUUAUUCCUGGCUUACCAGACGAAAUUGCCCUUGACUGCCUCGCCCGGGUUCCCUACCGAUUCCACUCGGUCCUCAAAUCGGUCUGCCGCGGAUGGAAUGAUCUCCUCGCCGAUUCUUCCUUCUACCACUACAGGAAGAUCAGCCACCGGGGCGAAGACCUCGUCUGCCUCGUGCAGGCCGUCGUGACGAAGGAAUCGGCCGUGGAAUCGGCGCCUAAGGAUAAGGCCGUCACUCGCCACAUCCCGCCCGUGUACGGCCUCUCCAUCUACAACGCGACCGAUGACACGUGGCGGAGAGUGAUGCCCCUGGCGCCGAUCCUCCCUGCUGGGAUCCCGAUGUUCUGCCAGUGCGUGGCGGUGUCCGGGAAGCUUGUCUUAAUCGGCGGCUGGGAUCCGGCCACGUUAGACUCGGUCGCCGACGUGUUCGUAUGCGAUUUCGUCCGCGGCGGGGGAUGGCGCCGGGGGGCGCCUAUGUCCGUUGCGCGGUCCUUCUUCGCCUGCGCGGCGGUGGGGUCCACCAUCUACGUGGCGGGUGGGCACGAUAACCAGAAGAACGCCCUCCGGUCCGCGGAGGCGUACGACGUCGAGUCGGACACGUGGCGGGAUCUGCCGCCGAUGGCUGAUGAGCGCGACGAGUGCCAAGGCCUGGCCUGCAAAGGCCGGUUUUGGGUUGUAAGUGGGUACCGUACGGAGGCUCAGGGCCGGUUCGACUCGGGCGCCGAGUGCUAUGACCCGGUGAGUGACACAUGGACCGAGUUACACGGGGUCUGGCCCUUCCCCAACUCCAGCCCCAGAGGCACGUGCUACGCCUCGCCACGCGUGCCGAAAGGCCAAGUGCCGAAAAUUACAUUUUCGCCACUAUGGUUUAUAAAUACUAGCAAUAAUAGCCAUAAGGGAGUGAUGGAAUUUGACGAGAGAGAUAAGAACUGGAAGUUGGUGGGGCCCACACCCGAGGGCAUUUGUUCCUCGCCCUGCACGACUCUGAUCUCAGGUGGGCCUUCUUCAGAUCGUAUCUUCGUGAUUGGUUCGGGACAUGGUGGGGGUGGGCCACAUCGGCAUCGAGCUUGUGUAUUGGAGACUAAUACUCGGAAGUGGACCCACAUCAAUACUCCGGUCGACUUCUCGGGCUUUGUCUACUCUUCUGCUGCGCUCUACCUUUGAGCUAUUAGUAUGCUUGGUGUAUAGCAAGUGAGAAAAUAGAGUGUUUUGUCA